AUGUCGAACACCUCCUCUGCUCCAAACAGGGGCCUAGUGGUCUUCUCUGGAGGAAGUGCGGCCAACAACUUAGUGGAAGUUUUCGACGCCGUACGGCAGAGCAAGAACUGUCCUCUCAGUUAUAUUAUCCCUAUUAGCGACAACGGAGGUUCCUCCUCCGAGUUGAUUCGGAUUUUUGGAGGCCCUGGAAUAGGCGAUGUGAGAAGUCGACUGGUCCGUCUGAUCCCACCGUCACCUCCUCACUCAGAACGAGCCGCUAUCAAAGCGUUGUUCAACCAUCGGCUUCCAGCAGAUGAUACAGCCCACAGAGAAUGGCUGUCGAUUGUAGAUGGGACUUCGGAGGUCUGGAAAUCGAUCACUCCGGCGAAAAAGGAGCUUAUCAGAUCAUUCUUCAACCUGUUGAACUUGGAGAUUCUCAAACGGGCUCGACCCCCAACCUCGACAUUCGACUUUGCAUCCGCCAGCGUCGGCAACCUGUUUCUCACAGGUGCCCGGCUUUUCAGCGGGAGCUUCGAAAGCGCCAUCUACCUCCUCAGCAACAUCUGCGAUGUGCCCUCGGAUCUCGUCCGUGUGAUCCCAGCCAUCAACUCCAACUUCUCUCACCACAUCUCUGCCCUGCUCGCCAACGGCACCGUGAUAGUCGGGCAGAACAGCAUUUCCCACCCUAGCCUGCCACCACGCCCAGCAUCGCGACGCUCCAGCCUCCUGCAAGCCGAGGGCGCAGAGAAAAUCGACUACACCGAGCCUUCAGACGUCCUAGACACAGCCUUCUACGAAGACGACCAACCCCCAGGGUUCCUCCCCACCCUCCGCAACAAAAACAUCCAAUUCAGCAAAACCGAAAACGAAGACCUGCCAGCCCGCAUCACCCGCAUCUGGUACAUAAACCCCUACGGCCAGGAGAUCCGCCCACGAGCGAACCCGCGCGUCCUCGAAUCCCUCCGCGACGCCCAAGCCAUCCUCUACAGCAUCGGCUCGCUGUACACCUCGCUGAUCCCCUCUCUCAUCCUCCAGGGCGUCGGCCAAGCCAUCGUCGCCAGCCCGGCCCGGCACAAAAUCCUCAUCCUCAACGGCUCGCUGGACCGCGAAACCGGCCCGCCCUCGGCCCCCUUCUCGGCCGUCGACUUCGUCGACGCAAUCGUCCGCGCCGGAGAAGAAAGCCGCGGCCGCGUACCCCUUGAACCGGCCUCGGCGUUUUCAAGCCCUACGCGCACUGCAAUGCAGCCCCCCUUUCAGGUUGCGAGUCUCUCGUUGCCGAUUCCCCUGCCGUAUACCUCUUACGUUACGCAUGUGCUGCAUCUGGAGGGUCCCGGCACUCCGCAAAUCGAACGCGAUCGGUUGGCCGAGAUGGGCAUUGAAACGCUCCGCUUGUAUGGGCGCAAGGUGGGUUCUUCUCAGGGGGACGGGACUGAGGUGCCCGUGGGCAUGCAGUAUGAUUCGACCGCCCUGAUUCAGGCGCUAGAGGUGGUACUGGGGAAGAAAGGGGAUGCGAUGGUUCGAGGGGCUGAGGGGCUGAGUCGGAGGAAUACGCUGGAUCCUGGGAGAAAGAGGGGAUGA